AUGUCAUCAAAUGUGGGUCGUAAUGAUGAUGUGAUCAGCAGUUUACCUGACCCUGUCAUCUGCCGUAUUCUUUCUUUUCUCUUAACCAAACAGGCCGCUGCCACUAGCAUCCUUUCAAAGAGGUGGACAGUCUAUGGCGCUCUGUUCCUGUUAUCAACUUCAAGGGCGAAGAGUAGAUUGAAUUGGAUGACAAAGAAGUCCUUAUUCGCUUUAAUGAUGUUGUGUAUUCUGUUUUACUCCCCGAGCUCUAAUUCCAUUGAGAGUUUCAGCCUCAAGAUUCAUUAUGGCCAUCGUGAUCUUGGAAAUCUCGGCUUUCCUAGUGUCCUUGUAUGGAUCAAUCAUCUUGUACAACACAAUAUUGAGUCGUUGAUAUGUGUGGACAUUCGGAAUCAUUUUUUUCCCAAUUUACCUAUUAGCAUUCUCUUAGUUGCAAGACUCUUGUUGUUUUCAAACUUCAACAUUUCACUGUGGCUGGUUUUUCUUCUGUUAGACUUCCCUCCCUCAAAAUGCUUUGCUUGA